UGAAUCUCGCAUUUCUCGCUUAGCUUUCGUGUAUAAGAUAGAUCAGUUCCGUGUCGCAUAGAAUACCUUUCAUGAAUUUUCCAACGCAUCAAGAUAUACCAUGGCGUUUGACUGCGACCGAGAAACUUUAUCGCAUCUUCACAACUAAGAAUCGAGGCUUACAGGAUCUUCCACUAAAAUCUAAAAUGUCGAACACAAGCGCACCAAAUAGUACCCAGCACACAUCUCAAGAUGACACUCCGAAAAUACCCAUUAAGACGUCCGAGAAUCUAAAAGUUGAUCAAUUUAAAAAGCCCAUCGGCGAGUUGAUCUGGGAGAAUAGAAUACUUCGCACUGCGAUCAAGGAAUUGGAGAUAGCUAACACGAAGGCUGGGGCUGAAAAAAGAUUAACUAAGACCAGGAUUAGCAUAUUCGAAAAAUUAGAUGCGAGUUAUUUUUUGCACCUCACUGAUGCUCAGACCAAACUUAGGAAAUCAUGGAUGGCACAAGGCACUGAGAUCAUCCGAAGUAGGCUGAAUUUUGAUGCUAGUGGCGCGGAUAUUCAUCGAGAUGUAAGUCAUUCCCGAUAUGUAUUUCAUCCACAGCGAUGUUAAUGGUCUUGAAUAGGUCUACGAAUGCUCAAUCAAGUCAUGGAGGGAUUCAUACACUAGACGGGACGAUAUAGAGAUAAUUAUUUCCUUGUUGGUAAUGACCCAUGAAACGGCAGGAAUGACGGCGGGCAUGCUGUCAGCAACAACGGACAAAGUAACUGCACUUGAGUCUGAGAUCACCGAACACAAAAAAAGGCUGAAGGUGCAAAAGGAUGUUGUUGCAAGCAUACAGGAAAGGGAAAAAGUCUUAUCAGCCGAAAUGAAGAGUAGGCAUGAAAAAGAACUGAAGGGACAGAAAGACGUAAUCGCAGGUUUGAAGGAAAAGGAAAGGAUCUUUGCGGCUGAGACAAAAGUUAAGUACGAGAAAAUGCUGGAGGAGCAACGCGAAAUUAUUGCCAAUCUCGAAGAGAAAGGGAAAUCGAUAUCUCACGCGAAUAGUAAGUACGAGGAGAAGCUAAAAGAACAAAGUAGCAUUAUCGCGAAACUAGAAAAAGAAAAAAUAGCAUCAGCAACCGAAAUGGAGGAAAUGCUUCGGGAACUAGCUGUUCACAGUGAAAUUUCCAUCAGCAUUUUAAACCGCAAGAGAGAGAUGAUGAAACCAUUCGAAAGUCGGAGCGAACAUGUGAUUGUAACAGGCAACAUCGCAGCACAUGGUGGAACGUAAGUCAAUACUACAAUAGCCUUUCAGCUCACAUGUUAACACUGAUCUAGUUGUCUUGCUGACGUCUUUCGAGUCAAGUCCAAUGCUGAUGUCGACGAUUCCCGAUGGUUCAAAGAGCGAUACGGCGUAUCUGUAGACAUUGUCGAAAGACAUGCAGGAAGCGCUGCAUUUGCAAAGCUUGUGAAUAUGCGAUAUGACAUGUGCAACUGCGGGCCCGGACAACGAAAGCUUUUCUUGGAAUUCGAAAAAGGAUUUCAGGAUUUACUGAUCGGAGAUCUGGAGAGAGACACAAAAAUAACUACAGAGGCAAUUGAUUGCUUUCUUCUCAAGAAUCAAAAGGCGAAGGAAACAUUUCAAAAGCUGUGUGGCAUCUGGGAUACCGCCACAGCCACACAAAGAAAACGGUUCCAAGAAAGCAGAGAUCCGUAAGUGCUUUGAUGUUCAUACUUUUAACAAAACUAACUGGUGAUAGGAUUAAAAGAUCGUUUUUUGGAGGAAGCGUAAAAUCUAAUACUUCCCAUCGGAGUGGAGAGACAUGGAGAAGAAGUAAGCUUGACAAUAUUGAGGAAUAUGGAAAAGACAUUCUCUCCUCUGCAAAGUACGCCAUGCCCUGGGGUAAACCCCGGGCUAAAUGGCAAGAUCCGAGAUAUGGGAAUUUCUAUAGGAAUCAAAGUUACGAAGCCCUACCACCAGGUGUCUAAAAGAUCUCUAAUCUAAGUGUUAUGAUAGCGUAAGAGGGAAUUUACGCGACGAGGGUUUUAUUUGUUUUUAUCUAUCCUUGAUCUUAGACAGCAAUUAAUGAAAUUUCCAAUUGUUUAAUUUACCAAAAUUUCUUUACAGUCCAUAAUCUCAUAGGUUAAUGAUCUUUUGCCACCUAAUACUUUCAAGAAUGAGUUGUUAACUCGUUAAUUUCUCUCAAUCUCAGAUGCAUACUCUGCAUCCGCUUGUCACAUUCCGUUCGUAUAUAUCAC